CCCACACCAGGGACCUGUAAGUUUUUUUUGAGCUUUACAUGCGAAUACAUGUUAUACCGCGAUGAACGACCCCGGUAUCUUUGUUGCUGUCAGCAGUACCAGCGCAAAAUUAUGCAGCUUAGACAGAGACGGGAAACCAGCAUAUCAAUGGCAAGAGGCGGGCCAACAGCCUCAGGGCAGUGUCAACUGGCUCAGGAAUGGCAAAGCGUUCCUGACGACACAAGGUGGAAAUGUAGCUGCCCAUGUGGUUGAUAACCUAAAGGAAAAGCCGCCUGUCAUCCUGUCGCUGCCAUCCGGCCCUUUAAUGGGCCGAGUCAGCGGAGAUGGCAAGUGCUUGGUAUUGGUACAAAGCAGCGUACCGGGGAGUAUCAACGUGUAUGAUUUACAAUCUCUCCUGGCUUCAGCAAGCGGUGCUCCAGCCAAGCCAGCGGUUGUGCUCCAGGACCAUGACAAGCCCAUCCUGGCGAUCGCGGCCUCGUUCAGUACCACCCACAUUGCCUCAUCCAACUCCCUCGGCGCCGUGUACCUCCACGAAGCUGGUUCCGGAUCGCGCUCCACGCUGGGAGCACUGCCUGGUGGUCCCAUGCUCAUGACCCCCAAGCGGUGUCUGGGAUUCUCGCAGGUCAACAAGCCGCUCAGGUUGGCAGCUGGCGCGGAUGACGGGCAGGUGCUGGUGUGGCAGAUCUCCCCUAUGGCAUCAGGUCCAAUAGUGAUGCCUAAUAAGCUGCGCGGCCGGGUCAUGGGCGUUGGCUUUGCGGUGUACAAGAAGUCCCUGUUAUCUCUUCAACCGUCAAGUGUGCUGUUGGCGUGUUCUGAGAGCGGACAGCUGAUCAUCACGGACCUGCGCAGCUUCCCGAACGUACAGAGCCAGGCCAGCAUCUCCGUUGAGCUCAGCGUGGCGGUGUCCUGCAUGGCGGUGCGGGACGAUGGACAGUUUGUGGCGGUCGGAACCAAGGAUGGCCGGGUGGGCCUUAUCCGAGUGGAGGAUCUCAUCAGCCACGGACAGAACGUGACCAAGCUGGGCUGCAUAAGGGUGUUCGAUCUGGGAACCCAUCUGGACGUGGUGGAUAUAGCCUUCCAGAGGAUUAGGGAAAGCCGGGAAUCUCGGGAACACAACAACCGGGAGAGCCGGGAAAACGCGCAACCCGCGCCUGCAGCGGUUCCAGUCGUACCCUCGGCGUCGGCGUCGGAGCCAGCGCAGCCGCAAUCACAACCAGCUUCGGAACAAGCCGCGCCGGCGGACGCUGUGGACGGCUCGGGAUCAGGCUCGCAACGGCAGGGGACAUCGUCCGAGAGGCAAGACGCGCACGCUCAAGGCACAAGGACGGCACCCGCGUCAACGUCGUCGUCAUCAUCAUCGGGGGCAGCGGCGGCAGCGCCGCCGCCUGGCUCUUUUGGAGCUGGCGCCUUGCAGCGGCAACAAUUGGGCUCAGCAACGGGCAACGCUGCCGCCGGCAGCGGUGCCGCCACGGCAACGCGGCCUGCAGCAGCUGCACCGGGGCCUCCGCCUGCGCAGCCAGCGGGGCUGCACCGGCGGCCGUCCGAUGUCGGCGGUGGCGGCGGUACGAGCACCAGUACGACACCCUCGGGGCUGCCGCCAGGGGGAACGGAGGAGGCGCCGGCGGGUGCGGAGGGCCAGAUGCAGCCAUCGCCGGCGGCUCGGGUGCUCGCGGCGGGUGGUGCUGCUGUCAGCUCCAGCUCCCCCGUUUCAUCUCCAAGGCCGCGCAGUCCCCGCCCCACCAUGUCUGGCGGCGGCCACCCGCCUGCCAGGCCCUACGGCGCCAGUAGCGGCGGCGACCAGCUGUCAGCGACCAACCUGAGAGCGUACCUGGACGACUUCCGCCAGGAGGUCCGGGACCUGGUGCGCGGCCUUCAGGCGGACAUGGUCAGGCAGGCCGUCUCGGCUGAGAUGGCGCACCGUAACGACAUUGCCGUACUUCAGCAAGAGAACCGGGCGCUGUGGGAGGAGGUGCUAGCCGAGCGGGGUGCAGAUGGUAGCGGAAAAGCGUUGACGGUCGAGAGAAUGGCCUACCAGUACCUCGCCUCCCAACCAGUUCAGACACUAAAGCCUAGGCAGCUCCAGGAGUUUUUCGAGAUGCUGCAGGUGCAACUGCCUGUGGGGGAGUCUUAG